GGCUUACGCCAAACACGAAUGCAGCCUCAUCUUCAGAGUAAAAGAUCUGGAUUUUGUGUCCCUGGCCAAAGGCUUCGCGCUGCUCCGCCUGCCGAAGAUGCCCGAGCUGAAGGGGAAAACGUUUCCCGACUUCGUGGAGACGACGGUGGACACGGACAGCAUCCGCUACAAGGACAAAAACCGACAGAAGCAGAGGCAGAAGAUGCUGGCCGAGCAGAAAAACAAAGAGAAGACGGAGCUUCCCAAGAAGAACUUUGUCAAGAACAAGGCCUGGUCCAAGCAGAAGACCAAGAAGGAGCGCAAGAAAAAACGCGGCGCCAAAAGGAAACACGACGAGGACUCCGACAUGGACGAAGAAUACAUGAAGGAGCUUUUAGAAGACACUCGCCUCCUUAAGAAACUAAAAAAAGGCCAGAUCAGCGAGGAAGACUUCGAGCAACAGCUCACGAACUCCAAGCAGGAAGCAGGCGGACCAUAAACGUCUGUUUUAUUGUUCAGCGAAGGGACGCGGUUAUAAAUACAGUUUGAUGAGUUCGUCGCUGACGGCCGACGGGGUGAGGACCCCCAGGUCUGUGAAGAGCAGGGUGAUGAGGGAGGGGGGCGUGUAGUCGAUGACCGGGUGCUCCUCCGACAGGUUCCGGAUGCUCUUCAGGGUGUCGGCUUUGUACUGUGCGGGACAGGAAGCACGAGUCAAUAAAUCUGGAUAAAAGGACGGAAAAUUGUUUAAAAAAACAAACACAAAAUAAGGAAGCCGCACCUUAAACUUAUCGGGCACGUCCUGUUGGUUCAGCGGAUACAGACGAACAAAUUUAAAACUUUCUGCAACGACGUAGAAGGGCUUGUUGUGAGCCUUGGAGCACAGAGCCAUCUGAUAGGUGCCAAUCUGGGGAAAAACACACACACACACUCUAGAUUCUGUUGGAAACGUACACCCGCCCCGUGUUUACACAGACCCGAUCUGAUACGCGUGUUCAACUAUCCUCCAGUUUGAGUUUCACCCGGGGCCGCCAAGGGAACGCACCUUGUUGAUGAUCCCUCCGCUCUCAACGACUCCCUCUGCUCCAACGAUGACCAGGUCCACCUUCUCCAACACGUACCUGGAAGACGGAAAACUGAAACUAAGCAGCUUCUAAAAACAGGUUCAUUAAAACGGUGUGAAAGUAAAUAAAGCAUUUUUCCUCAA